CUUUGUUGCUCUCUUUGACUUUGUGGCAAACUUAAAUACGUGCCUUGGAUUUGUUUUUUGGCAGAAUGCAGACACAAAUUGUUGGUGUGUGUUUGGGAAUCAUCGGCUUUUUUGGCACCAUCCUUAUCUGCGGAUUGCCCAUGUGGAAGGUGACGGCCUUUGUUGGGGCAAACAUCAUCACCUCUCAGGUCUUCUGGGAAGGUUUAUGGAUGAAUUGUGUCAUCCAGAGCACGGGUCAAUCUCAGUGUAAGGCCUACGACUCCGUUCUGGCUUUACCACAAGACCUGCAGGCUUCCAGGGCUCUGAUCUGCGUCUCCAUCGCUGUCUGCGUGGUGGCGAUCGGGCUCACUGUGGUCGGGGCCCGCUGCACCAACUUCUAUGAUGAUGACAGGCGGAACAAAGCUAAUAUUGGCGUGGCUGGAGGUGUGGUGUUUAUUAUAGCAGGCCUCCUGUGUGUUAUUCCUGUCAGCUUGUCGGCGCACAGCAUCAUCACAGGUUUCUACAAUCCUCUGCCCACCUCGGAGAGGAGGGGGGAGCUCGGGGCCUCCAUAUAUGUGGGCUGGGCGUCUGGAGCUCUGCUCAUCAUUGGAGGAGGGGUGCUGUGUAGCACCUACAAAUGCUGAGGGCCAGGAGAAGAGAGAAACGGAGAGUACAGGGCGCCUUUCGUCAAAUACUGUAGUUGAAUAUGUGCAGUAAUGUGUUUACUGUAAUGGACUUAAUCUAGAGUUAUUCAACCUUCGUCAAAUGCAAUAAUGACAGUUUAUCUCUUAUCUGUGUAAAUUAUUAAAGUGUGUAGCAAAUGUGGAGUGAAAAGUUAAUGGCAUGACCAGGGAAUGCAACUUUUAUGGUUGUUUUUAAAGUGAAGGAUGAACAAAUGAAGUUAAGUUGAGCCAAUAAUUGUAUAAUGUGAUAUUAUAGGAUGUUUGAUACAGAGAUCUGAGUUUAUGUAAUCAUUUUAUAUUUGUGAAGAACACUGUAUAGACGAUGCAAGAGUCAUCCGUUGGAAAUAUGAUAUGUGGAGGUAUAGCUUUAAGAAUCUUAAAACAGAACAAUCUUGAUCAAAGUUAUUUUUUACUCGUUGUGAAAUUAGUUGAAUUACAUGGAAAAAACUAAACAUUUCUCUGGUAGACUUUUUCAAAUCUUUUCCCCUAGUAUUGAGUAAUUGAACAAUGUGUUUGGCAUGCUUUGCCAACAUGCUUUUUAUGUUAACAAACCAUUAAAUUCACUUUGUAUAUUUGUUUAAAAA